UACACGAAAUGUCGAAAGGCAAGGAACGCGAUAUCGUAAAGAUAAUCUUCCAGAACUUUGUGAAUUCCCUGCGUCCGCGGAAGUUCAAGGGAGAUCUCAUUGGAGAGGACACCUUUGGCAAUAAAUUCUACGAAAUAGCCGCAGAUCCCAAGAAUGGACGUGCCAAGAGAGCCAGGUACUUUGAACCCAAGGAAAAGGAAGCUUUUGACCAGGAAAUGUCUGCUGAAUGGGAAGCCUGGCUCCGUGGACGUCGUCGGGAGCCACCAACACCAGAGGAACUCCAAAGGAAUAUGACAAUUGCCCAGAUGAAGCAGCAGAAUGCCGCUAAAUUGGAGGAAUCACAGGCCAAGGGGAAAGACUUGAAAACCCUUGGAAAGGAGGAAAAGGGCAUGAGUUCAUUUCCUUCCUAUGGGUCUGAGUAUGAAAUGUCAGCGGGAGUUCCACCGCCAAAGGAUAAAUAACUGUAGAAAAUAUGUAAUUGUAAAUAAAUUAGUUAAUGUACCUGC